GGUCCGGCACUUGGUCGGUAUGUAGCAGCUGCAGCGGAGCUUCUGUCUGGGACUAUAGCGAGAGAAAAACGCGCCUUGGGUUGAAAAUAUUAGUAAGGGGAUUAAAAUUAAAACUACCCGAGGAUGAGACACACGCCGUCCGCCUGAAGGAGACUAAAACACGCCGUUAUUCCGCUAAUUUACCACCUUUUUUAAACGAAAAUGGCGAACGACUCUCCGGCUAAAAGUCUGGUGGACAUAGACCUGGCAUCCCUGAGGGAUCCUGCUGGGAUUUUCGAGCUGGUGGAAGUGGUCGGAAAUGGUACAUAUGGACAAGUCUACAAGGGUCGACAUGUUAAGACGGGACAGCUGGCGGCCAUCAAGGUCAUGGACGUCACCGAGGAUGAAGAGGAGGAAAUUAAGUUGGAAAUCAACAUGCUGAAGAAGUACUCCCAUCACAGAAACAUAGCCACCUACUACGGAGCCUUCAUCAAGAAAAGUCCACCAGGCCAUGAUGACCAGCUCUGGCUGGUGAUGGAGUUCUGUGGUGCCGGCUCCAUCACAGAUCUGGUGAAGAACACCAAGGGCAACUCGCUGAAGGAAGACUGGAUCGCCUACAUCUCCCGAGAGAUCCUCAGAGGAUUAGCUCACCUGCAUGCUCAUCAUGUCAUUCACCGCGACAUCAAAGGACAAAAUGUGCUGCUGACUGAAAACGCUGAAGUCAAGCUGGUGGACUUUGGCGUGAGUGCUCAGCUGGACCGGACGGUAGGUCGAAGAAACACCUUCAUCGGGACGCCAUACUGGAUGGCUCCAGAGGUCAUCGCGUGUGACGAAAACCCUGAUGCUACCUACGAUUACAGGAGUGAUCUGUGGUCCUGUGGAAUCACAGCCAUUGAAAUGGCUGAGGGAGCUCCUCCUCUGUGUGACAUGCAUCCAAUGAGAGCCCUCUUCCUCAUUCCCAGAAACCCACCUCCUCGACUCAAGUCCAAAAAAUGGUCAAAGAAGUUCUUCAGCUUCAUUGAGAGUUGCCUUGUGAAGAAUUACACCCAGCGCCCUCCCACUGAGCAGCUGCUGAAACACCCCUUCAUUCGGGACCAGCCCAAUGAGAGGCAGGUCCGCAUCCAGCUCAAAGACCACAUCGACCGAACCAAGAAGAAGAGGGGCGAGAAAGAUGAGACAGAGUAUGAAUACAGUGGCAGUGAAGAAGAGGAGGAAGAGUCAUCUGAGCAAGAAGGAGAGCCAAGUUCCAUAGUCAACGUGCCGGGCGAGUCGACCCUGCGUCGUGACUUCAUACGUCUGCAGCAGGAGAACAAGGAGCGUUCGGAGGCCCUUCGCCGCCAACAGCUCCUCCAGGAGCAGCAGCUCCGUGAGCAGGAGGAGUACAAGCGCCAGCUGCUGGCUGAGAGGCAGAAACGUAUCGAGCAGCAGAAGGAGCAGCGGAGACGGCUGGAGGAGCAACAACGACGUGAGCGCGAGAUGAGGAGGCAGCAGGAGCGUGAGCAGCGCCGGCGCGAGCAGGAGGAGAAGAGGCGCAUCGAAGAGAUGGAACGACGCCGCAAAGAAGAGGAGGAGCGCAGGAGGGCCGAGGAGGAAAAGAGGAGGGCCGACCGCGAGCAGGAGUAUAUACGUCGACAGCUGGAGGAGGAGCAGAGGCACCUGGAGAUCCUGCAACAGCAGCUCCUCCAUGAACAGGCCAUGCUUCUGGAGUACAAAUGGCGGGAGCUUGAGGAGCAGCGGCAAGCUCAGAAACUCCAGAGACAGCUGCAGCAGGAGCAGGCCUACCUGCUGUCGCUUCAGCAAAACCAGAACUUGGACAGUAGCAAAACAGCCCAGCAACAGACCCCCAAACCCCCACAGAACCCUGAACCCGACAGGGUAAAGCCUCUGCAAGCCCCUGAGCAGGAAACAACAAAACAACCACAGAACACUGACAGUGAGAAGACACGGCCCAGUCCAGCCUCCAGUCUGGAAAAAACUACAGAAAGCAGGCUACCAGUGGCUGACCUUCAAGGCCCCGCCCCUGACUCUGAGCCAGUCAGAGAGGCUGACGAGCGAUAUCGGAAGAACAUCCAGGGUUCUCCCCAGUCAGCUCAGACCAAACCACAGCAGCCUCCGGUGCCGCCGCGAUCUGAGUCUUCAUACCCCAAUGGGAACUCUGCUUCUGAGGCCAUGCACCGGCCUGUGGAACCACAGGUUCGUUCUCAUCUGGCUGCUUUAAAGAGCAGCAGCAGCGUGGCCUCAUCAAACUCCUCCACUGCCACUCCGCCUGUUGUGUCGCGAUCGCACUCCUUCACAGAGCCGCUUACACCUAGCUUUGAAAAUCUCCACCUUCAAAACAGCCACGAAUCCCGCCAUCACCUUCCAUCAUCAUCAUCACCACUAUCAUGCUCAUCAUCAACGCCUGCUCGCACUGACCCACACCCCCAUCCCCAGCCUAGGCCCCAUGAACCAGCCCCUUCAGCGGAGGUGCCACCGAGGGUUCCUGUCAGGACUACAUCAAGGUCCCCAGUGUUGCCGAGGCGAGAUUCGCCUCAUCACCUUGGCAACGCCGUACACAGCAGCCACGCAGCACAACACAAUGCUGCCAGUGCAGCGGAGCCUCGGCUGCUGUGGGAACGAGUGGAGAAACUGGUUCCCAGAACGACCAGUAAUACUGGCAGCGGAGGCUCCAGCUCCUCUAGCAGCUCCAGUAACUCCAGCUCUCAGCCCGGUUCUCACUGUGGCUCAGGAGAGAGGUUCAGGGCCCGCUCCUCUUCUAAAUCGGAGGGUUCACCCCUCCAGCGGCCAGAGAAUGCUGGGAAAAAACCAGAGGAGAGGAGGGACGUGCUCAGGCCGAACAGAUCAGCGGACCUGACGGCUCUGGCCAAAGAACUGCGUGCAGUGGAUGAUGUUCGCCCCCCAAAUAAGGUGACAGAUUACCCUUCAUCCUCUAGUGAAGAAUCAGACACCACUGACGAAGAUGACGAUGAAGAGGUGGAUCAGGAGGCAGGUGAAGAGUCGACCUCUGGCCCGGAGGACUCCAGAGCUGUUUCUUCUCGGCUGAGUAAUGGAGAAACAGAGUCUGUGAAAACCAUGAUCGUCCACGAAGAGGGCGAGAGUGACGCAGGCACAACGCCAUGCAAAGACAGCACGCUGAUUGUCAGACAGAAUAGCCGCUCUAGUAUACCCUUUGUUCUAGCUAAUACCUUCCCUUCCCCUGAACUCAUCAGGAACACAUCUAGACCCAAAGCUGUGUACCCCUCUUUCUACUUCCAGAGUGCAGGUGACAACAGAAAGCGUACGGGCCCUGGCCCUGGCCAAACGCAGACACCUGGCAUACAUGCAGCCUUUGCCCCGAGCCCCGGCUCGGUGUCGCUUCAGGGCCUCGCUCACCACACCCCCAGCCCCCACCACCACCAUCAUCAUCACCAUCAUCACCCCAUACAGCAUUCGGACAGGAAUGGCUUUGCUGGUCGCAUCCACCAUCUCCCAGACUUGAUCCAGCAGAGCCACCAUUCCUCCCCCUCCUCCUCUGCAUCCAACUCCCCUUCCUCUUCCAGCCUUGCCAGUCCCUCGUCCAUGUCCCCACAGAGUCCCUUGGACAAGCUUGGCAUCCUCACAGAGAGCCAGUCUAGUAACAACAUGCAGAAGCACAAGUCUUCUUCCUCCUUCACUCCGUUCAUUGACCCACGACUUCUCCAGGUCUCUCCAUCCACCGGCAGUGCCCUCAACAAUGUCGCCCUUCCCUUUGACCUUUUAGGCUAUGGGAACGAUGCCCGGCUGGCAGAGGCACUGAGAGCAGAUCCGUCCCGGAAGGGCUCCGUGGUCAACGUCAAUCCGGUCAACACCCGCCCUCAGAGUGACACCCCAGAGAUCCGCAAAUACAAGAAGAGGUUCAACUCUGAGAUUCUUUGCGCUGCACUCUGGGGAGUGAACUUACUGGUGGGAACAGAAAGUGGCCUGAUGCUGUUGGAUCGCAGUGGUCAGGGGAAAGUUUACCCUCUGAUUAACCGCCGACGCUUCCAGCAGAUGGACGUCCUGGAAGGACUCAAUGUCUUGGUCACUAUAUCAGGUAAGAAGAACAAGCUCCGUGUAUACUACCUGUCCUGGCUGAGGAAUAAGAUUCUGCAUAAUGACCCAGAGGUUGAGAAGAAACAAGGCUGGACAACCGUAGGAGACUUGGAGGGAUGCGUCCACUACAAAGUUGUGAAAUAUGAGAGGAUCAAAUUCUUGGUUCUGGCUCUGAAGAACUCUGUGGAGGUCUAUGCCUGGGCACCCAAGCCCUACCACAAGUUCAUGGCCUUCAAGUCUUUUGGUGAUCUGGUGCAUAAGCCGCUGCUGGUUGAUCUGACCGUGGAGGAAGGUCAGAGGUUAAAGGUAAUCUAUGGCUCGUGCUCAGGCUUUCACGCCGUGGAUGUCGACUCUGGGGCCGUUUACGACAUCUACCUACCCACACACAUCCAGACGAGCAUCCAGUCUCACGCAAUCAUCAUCCUGCCGAACACUGACGGCAUUGAACUGCUCGUGUGCUACGAGGACGAGGGUGUUUAUGUCAACACCUACGGACGCAUCACCAAGGACGUGGUGCUGCAGUGGGGGGAGAUGCCCACCUCAGUGGCCUACAUUCGGUCUAACCAAAUCAUGGGUUGGGGUGAGAAGGCCAUCGAGAUCCGCUCUGUGGAGACCGGUCACCUGGACGGCGUCUUCAUGCACAAGAGAGCUCAGCGACUCAAGUUCCUCUGUGAAAGAAAUGACAAGGUGUUUUUCGCCUCUGUACGUUCUGGAGGCUCCAGCCAGGUGUACUUCAUGACUCUGGGCCGAAGCAACCUGCUGAGCUGGUAGAGGUCCACGGCCUGCCCUCUUUCUCCUCCUUCUCCUCAUCUUCCUCAUUGUCCUCCCCCUCUCUCUAACACUGGAUCUCAGAAAACCACCAUUGAUGUCUUGUCAGCCCUCGGACAACCAAACGAGAACAAACACAGCAACCUACCAGCCGUCUGGAGCAGUCGACAGCAACGCCCUGUAGCUGCAGCCUUGCUGGGUCUGCCUGCGACGCAGAGACAGCCAGUCAAGUCGUCGGUCCCUUCCGUAAAAUCCGAAGCGACGACUUAUAAACGCGCAUAAUGAAAUCAAAGGUUAAUAAAUGAAAGGAAGUAGUAAUACUGUAAAUGUGAAUUCAAGAAAAGGGAGGGGCAAGCAACGUUUUGUUUCCCUCUCAGUUUUCUUGGUGCUCAUCGGAUGCAUUGCGAUCGGAUAGAUUUUUGUACCUCUGCAUCCUUUCCCGGGUUGGUCAGUAAGCUUGAGGUCUUCUACUACUAUUGCUACCGCUAUUGUUCUUAUUACCACUGCUACUACCUUCUGCAGGUCUGCCUCUUGUAAGGGAGUCCCCCCCUCUGCCCCAUGUUCCCACCAUCCGCCCCUUCUUGUGAGCGUGGGGCUGGUGGGGCUCUAGAGUGUGUUGUAUUAAUGCUACAAUAGUGUGUGUGUGUGUGUGUGUGUGUGUAAAUGUACUUCUGUUUGGUCCACCUACUGCUAACAUGCUGGUUUGUCCAAUGAGCUGGAGGCUCAGUGACAAGCAUGAGAAAGGGACCUAAUAUUGAAGGUUUUUACCACAAAGGUCAGGUUGACAGGACUCAAACACGAGGGUGUGCGUGUGUGUGGUUGAAGUAUAGUGUUGUAUCGGACACGCGCUUUAAAAAGAAGGGGAGGGCGGAGAGAGAGUUGGUGUAGGUGAUGGAUUUCAGAAUAGUAUUUUUUGAAUCAUUAUUAUUCCUUGAAGAUAAGUGUAACUAUGUGGAGUUAAACAUGUCUUUUACCUUGUUUUUUUUAAUCAUUCACACACAUCCACCUACACAACUUGCUUGCUCUAAAACCACAGAAGUGUAAGGUGUGUCCGUAUGAAAAGAACGCAAUGCGGGUGUGAUCCAAAAUAUUAAAUAAAGUGUCUAUGUACAAAUAAAGCUUUGGGAACUUUUGUCGUGUCGGACCGGCGGCGGGGAAGCAUGACGACCUGAUCUUAACUCGAGAAACUUGAACUGCUGUGAAUAAAACAGAUAUAACGUGGAGAGAGGGAAAAAAAUCGAGUGAUAAUGUAGAUGAGAAAGUUUAGUACGUGUAUGUGUGCGCGUGUGCCGUCAACAGUUCGGCAUCGCUUCGGCAGAUUUGGGUUUAAGUGGCAGAGAGGUAAACACGUGGUCAGCGGGUUUGUUUCGGCACAGGAGGCGGAUUUCCAUCUUCCAUUUCAUGAUUUCGACUCAUUUCAUGCUUCAUUUAGAACAUUUAUAUGUAUUCAAUGCACUAAGUGUCAAGAAUGUAGAAAGACUUAUUACUGUGUGGUGGUCCAAGGCAUGAGAUGUUUUUGCUUUGUAUCUUGUCACGAGUGAUCAAUCCUAGGUGUUCGGUUUUGGAGUCGAAGCUGCGGCGGCGGCAGCAGAGCCUCUGCGUCAGAUGUACAUAUUUCGAUUCCGUAUUUGUUUCGCAGCCUUCGGCAAUCUGUGUGUCAGAGCUGAGGAGCGUUUCUCGCCGCUUUCCCGUUCAAACGAGAACACGCGCGCCUUUAUUGAUUCAGCACUCAGACUCUGGAUUUCAGUGUUACUGUGAUGAAGUGUCUCCAAACAGGCAACACUGAGCAGAGAUUUUUCCCUCACUCGGCUGUUUGUGAAGGAACUGACGAGAGAAUCCCCAUUUUUCUUUUUUUAUAGGAAGGAAUAGUUUGUCUAUUUUGUGCCCCUCCAUAACCCCCUCAUGUCCCAGCUGUUAUUGAAGUUCCCUGUAUGCGAAAGACUGAGCAACAACCUUCAGCAUUGACGAUCUUUGCCCAGCGGGAUUUUUUCCUUCCUUUUUUGCAAUGAUUCUCAUCGUUUGCUCACAGGAAGAGCAAGGGGAGAGUCCGAUCUAUGACUUCAUAUCCAAACACACCUUUUGUCAGGACACAAACAAGCUUAUCUUGGGUGUUGGGUCUUGGGUCUUUGACGAUAAGGUUACUGUUGGUCACUUAGUUUAUGUCACAAACCUCUGUAUGGAGAAGCCGUUCGGGCCCCAGUGCUUUUGUCUGAGGUCUGCGUGUGCAGUAGUGCUCGGUGUGUGUGUCUCUUCUUGCAUCAAGGCCUUGAUGAGUGGCUGUAUUGAAUUCAUGAAAAUAAUUUGUGGCUAUUAUCGAUAUUCUUAUUGAUCUAAAGAAAGAACGAGCUCUUCAGCCGAUUGAGACGAAUCACUUGCUUGCAGGCUUGUGUUGGAAAAAGUGCCAAGAGGGCAGCAUUUAAAACGUGUAAACCUGUUGUUAUAAGAACCACUACUUGGAAAUCCUUUCUUUCAAAAAAAAACCAACAACAACAAAAAAACCUAAAAAAAAUCACUCGAAGCAUUGUGUAUUCUUAAGUUUUAGAGCUAGUUGAGAAGCUUAACAAUAGUUUCUGUUGUUUCUGUAAGUCUAUGUAAACGUAACUAUGCGACUGCGGUGGUUUAAUAUUAUUACACUCACCUUAGGUGGAGAAACUGUUUACAGAGGCAAUGUUUUGUUACACUAAUGUGCAUCAUGGUAUUUAUGUUUGAGAGCAUAAUGCAUCUUAGUUCUUUAACUCAUACUUUCUGCUUUUUGAGCCCACUUUUUAUUGGAUAUUUUAAAUUUUUUGUUAGUUUUUAUUUAUUUUUCUUUGUCAUUUCUCCCAACCUUGCUAACUUUUUCCACAACAAAGAACACACGUGUUGUUCAUUUCAGGUAUUCACACAACGCUGCUUCAACAUGGAAACAUUACAGUAACGUUCCCUGCAGACUUGGACGUGAGGCAACGUGUUUUUUCCUCUGCUGUUUCUGCCGUGCUACUCUAACUUAUGUCCUCUCUGUGUAUGACAGGAAGUCAUGUAUUUUCCUGAAAGUUUUUUUUUUGUUUUCUUUGAAUAAACUUUAAAAGUAAUUUUAAAACAACAAUGUUG